AUGCCUCCUGUGACGAAGCCCGCGCACGAGAAAUACGAUGUUGUGUGGAUUGGAGGAGGAAGUGGAGGAGUUGCUGGUUCGCGUAGGGCUGCAUCGUUCGGCGCGAAAGUUGCCCUGAUUGAAGCGAGUGAUCGUCUGGGAGGAACAUGCGUCAACGUCGGCUGUGUUCCAAAGAAGAUUAUGUGGCACGCUGCAGACAUUGCAGACAAAAUCCGUCAUGCUGAAGGCUACCAAUUCAAAGGCCCGGGCAUCGGCCUGCCGCAAUUCGACUGGGAGGCGUUCAAGCCGCAGCGCGACGCAUACAUUCGGCGGCUGAACGGGAUUUACGACUCGAACAUCAUGAAGGAAGGCGUGGAGUUGCACCAUGGGUUUGGGAGCGUGCUCUCCCCCACUGAGGUCGAAGUCACUCGGCCGGACGGGACGAAGUAUGCGCUGAAGGCAGGAAGGAUCGUGAUCGCGACGGGUGGGCGGCCGACGAUGCCCAGCGACGAGGCGAUCCCCGGCGCGAGCCUCGGCAUUGACUCGGACGGAUUUUUUGACCUGAAGGAGCAGCCGCGGCGCGUGGCGGUCGUCGGCGCGGGUUACAUCGCGGUUGAGCUGGCGGGGGUGUUCCACACGCUCGGGAGCGAGGUGCACAUGUUCAUACGCGGGGAGACGGUGCUGAGGACGUUCGACCCGACGCUCGGGGAGGUGCUCACGAAGUGGAUGGAGCAUACGGGGAUCCACUUCCAUCGGGGAACGCACGUCAAGCGGGUUGACGGUGAGCGCGGGAAGAGCCUUCGUGUGAGUACGGACAAGGGCGAGACGAUCGAGGUCGACGAAGUCCUGUGGGCGAUUGGGCGUCACGCAAACACGGAGAAUCUAGGGCUGGAGAAGCUCGGUGUCGAGGUGGACAAGCAUGGCAACGUUGUCGUGGACGAGUACCAGAACUCGCGUGUGCCCGGCAUCCAUGCGCUCGGUGAUGUCGCCGGUCGUGCGCUGCUCACUCCCGUUGCUAUCGCUGCGGGACGUCGGCUCUCUAACAGGCUUUAUGGUCCGGCCAAGUACCAGAAGGACAAGCUCAGUUAUGAAGAUAUCCCCACUGUCGUAUUCUCGCAUCCCCCGAUUGGCACGGUCGGUCUCACGGAGCCUGAAGCGCGAAAGGUUUAUGGCGACUCUGCCGUGAAGAUUUACAAGUCGUCAUUCCGGGCGCUCUACUUCUCGAUGAUCCCGGAAGAACACAAGGAGCCGUCUAUGUACAAGCUGAUCUGUGUGGGCGAGGAGGAGCGCGUCGUCGGCAUUCAUAUCAUCGGGCUCGGCAGCGACGAAGUCAUGCAGGGCUUCGCGGUUGCGGUCAAGAUGGGCGCGACUAAGGAGGAUUUGGACAGCACUGUCGCGAUCCACCCGACGUCAGGAGAGGAGCUGGUCACUUUGCGUUGA